AUGAUCCGAUGCGCCUUGAUUCCGAUAGUAACGCUGGUCUCUCCGGUUCCUCCAUCCUCGGACCGCAACGUGACUAUAAAAGAAGCGUUCCUCGCGGCGGCGCUGGUGUCGAUUGCCCACUCAUUGAACCCAGUUACCAUCAGUGGAAUGCUGUAUGGCAUCAAUGAGAUUCCCAAGGAUGCCUCCCAAGCUGGCACGAACGUCGGGGACCCAACCGGCGUGACGGACAUGACAUUGAAAAUUUACAAGAGAAAAGGCCAGCCUGUGUGGCUCGAGUACGAAACGUGGGCUUUCGAUAUGGUGGACAAUGCGUCGCCGACCAUGACGCAUGUGCACAAAGCACCAGCGGAAGAAAACGGUCCCUUGGUAUUGAAUCUGCCUUGCAAGUACGAGUACUUGACAGAGAACAAGGCAUGGCAUUGCAAUGGCACGCUAGGCAAGAAACCAGCGGAACGGACUAGAACGUUUGUGUCGGUUCUCAAGGCGAUUUCGGAGACUCCAUGGAUGUUUUAUGGGAAUGUUCACACUGCCAACUAUCCUGAUGGCGCAGUGCGCGACCAGCUUCAAGAAGUGUAG